UUCCGCUCAGCCCCUUACUUCCGCCGGCGCUUUAACGUCAUCAGGCAGAGCCGAACCUGCCCUCGCGCUGCCUAGGAGACAGGACGCGGGGCGCGCAGCUGACCAGGCGGCCGGCCGCGCCCACUCGGUCGCCAUGGAGCUGUCCCCAGAGCUCUGCGACGAUCCCAGUUCCUGGGACGAUGACUCGGACCCGGAGCAGGAGCCCGACCCAGACGCGCAGGCUGAGGCUUACGUGGCCCGCGUGCUCAGUCCGCCGAAACUCGGGCUGGCCCCCCUGCGUACCCCUCUGCUCUCCGCACCCGCCGCGUCCCCGGGCGCUCUGGAGCCACGGGCGGAGUCUAAGGGCCCUACCGUGGGGGUCCCGGGCCUUCUGAGCCUUCCCCCGGAGCUGCUGCUCGAAAUCUGUGCCUACCUGGAUGCUCGCCUCGUGCUCCACGUCCUGCCGCGCGUGUGCCACGCGCUGCGCGACCUUGUGCGUGACCGAGUCACCUGGAGACUACGCGCGCAGCGCCGCCUUCGCGCCCCCUAUCCAGUGGUGGAAGAGGAGGACUUUGACUGGCCAGCCGCCUGCAUUGAGCUGGAGCAGCACUUGUCACGCUGGGCGGAGGAUGGGUGCUGGGCUGAGUACUUCUGCCUGGCUGAUGGGCACUUUGCGUCCAUUGACUCAGUGCUGCUGCUCCAGGGUGGGACGCUGUGUCUGUCAGGCUCCCGAGAUAGAAAUGUCAACUUGUGGGACCUGCGGCAGCUCGGGGUGGAACCCAGCCGGGUUCUGGUCAAGGCCCUGGGCACCCAGACGAACAGCACUCACAAGGGCUGGGUGUGGUCACUGGCAGCGUUGGACCACCGAGUGUGCUCUGGUUCCUGGGACAGCACGGUGAAGCUCUGGGACAUAGCAGCUGACGGGCAGCAGUUUGGCGAGAUAAAGGGCAAGGCAGCUGUGCUGUGCCUUUCCUAUCAGCCUGACAUCCUGGUAACUGGCACCUAUGACAAGAAGGUGACAGUCUACGACCCCAGAGCUGGCCCAGCCCUACUGAAGAGCCGGCGGCUGCACUCAAGUGCGGUGCUGGCGUUGCUGGCUGAUGACCGGCACAUCAUCUCGGGCAGUGAAGACCACACGCUCGUGGUGUUCGACCGCCGGGCCAACAAUGUCUUGCAGCGGCUGCAGCUGGACUCCUACCUGCUCUGCAUGUCCUACAAAGAGCCCCAGCUCUGGGCCGGUGACAACCAGGGUCUGCUGCACGUCUUCGCCAACCGGGAGGGCUGCUUCCAGCUUGUCCGGUCCUUUGAUGUGGGCCACAGGUCUCAGAUCACAGGGAUCAAACACUCGCUGGGGACCUUGUACACCACAUCUACUGAUAAGACCAUCCGGGUGCAAGUGCCCACCGAUCCACCAAGGACUAUCUGCACCCGGAGCCACCACAAUGUGCUGAAUGGGAUCUGUGCUGAGGGCAACCUGGUGGUGGCUGCCUCUGGGGGCCUGUCAUUGGAAGUCUGGAGGCUGCAGGCCUGAGCAGGCAGACGUGCGUAUGGAUGUGGAUCUGCCAGCCAGCAGGCUGAGGCAAGGCCUCUGUUCUUCGGGGGGGGGGGGACCCUCCCCUUUGCUGGUGCUGUUCCUGAUGUGCCCCACAGACCUAGGGCACUAGGACCCCAGGCCACUGCCACGUGGGGUCCCUGGUGUGGGCCCCAAGCUAGGGAAGGUGAGGUUGGUGUUCCAGCCCACCCAGGGAACUGAUGCCCAUCCCCAGAUCCUGUUUAAGAUUUGGAUGCCUGCUCUCCCUUGAGGAUGAGGGGGAAAUAAACCUGGCAUACUGGUGCUGUGA